UCAUCACGUGUUUUUCUCAACUUUUUAAAAAAACCUCGUGUCGUUUCAUUUUUUACAAGUUUUAACCAUAAAAAAAUAAACACAUCGGUGUAAUUUAAUUCGAAUCACAAUUUAGUAUGCUAUUCGAAGAUGUUGAAGCCAACGUUGAAAAAUCUAACCAACAAAAAUUAUGGCAAACCACCCAAAACUCAGAACCCUGUUUUACAAAAAUUUGGACAACAUCAUAUAGAUUCGUUCAACUUCAUGUUGAGAGAGGGACUUGACAAUGCUAUCAGAGAUUUAUGGCCUGUUGAAUUCAUGACGAUGAACUCAACUAAAAUUAAACUCCAAAUUUUAGAUGCUAGAAUAAGUUCACCUUCUGUACCCAGUGGCAGUAUCGGUGUAAAAACCAAACAAAUCUACCCUGCCGAAUGCAGACAACGAAGUGCAACUUACACGGGCAAAUUGCAAGUUCAGCUUUUAUGGUACAAAGAUGAUAAAUGCCAUCCACCUAUAGACAUUGAUUUGGCGAAUAUUCCAAUUAUGUUGAAAUCUGAUUUAUGUAAUUUGAAAAAUUUAACCCCUGAAGAAUUGAUUAGCCAUGGAGAACACGAAGAAGAAUGGGGUGGAUAUUUCGUUGUCAAAGGAAAAGAAAGAUUGAUAAGAAUGUUACUCAAUACCAGACGAAAUUAUCCUAUUGCUGUGAAACGACCUUCUUGGAGAAGCAGAGAUACGAAUUUUUCCGAUAUCGGUGUUCUUAUUCGGUGUAUAUCAGAAGAUCAAACGGCUGUGAAUAAUGUUCUGCAUUUUUUAACCAAUGGAACUGCUAAACUUAUGAUAUCUUAUAGGAAAGCUUUAUACUACGUUCCUAUUAUUUUAAUUAUGAAAUGUCUGGUCAAUUACACCGAUGAAUUUAUAUACCAACAUAUAAUCGCCGGUUACGAAGAUGAUUUAUAUUUCAAAGGGUGCAUUUUGGAAAUGAUGCGUUCUCUGCAUGAAUACGAUAUUCAUAAUCAUGAAGAAGCUUGUAAAUACAUGGGUGAUUUAUUUCGCGUUCGAUUUUACGAUUUACCUCCGUGGACAACCGAUGAAGAAAUAACUCAAUUUAUUAUGAAUCGAUGUGUUCUCAUCCAUUUGAAAGAUAACACGGAGAAAUUUCACAUGCUGGUUGUAAUGCUCCAAAAACUGUUCAACGUUGUUCAAGGACAUAAUUUAGUGGAGAAUCCUGAUUCUGUGAUGUUUCAAGAGUUAUUGUUAGGAGGUCAUUUGUAUCUUAAAAUCUUGAAAGAAAAACUUCAGGGUUGGCUGUACGCAGUAAAAAGUGUUUUACUGAAAUACGAUAAAAUAAAUGCCGAUUUAAGCGAAAAGGAUCUUUUAAAUUACAUGAAAAAAGCUGAAACUGUGGAAAUGAGUUUAGAAUCAUUUUUCGCUACAGGAAACCUGUUUUCAACUUCCGGAUUGGGUUUGCAACAAGAUAAAGGUUUAACGAUUAUGGUUGAAAAUAUCAGCAGAAUGCGUUACAUGUCUCACUUCAGAGGAGUCCAUCGUGGUUCAGUUUUCGAACAAAUGAGAAUGACCGAACCUCGACAGCUGUUACCCGACGCUUGGGGAUUCAUAUGCCCUGUUCAUACGCCCGAUGGUACACCUUGCGGUUUACUCAAUCAUUUAACGAGAACUUGCGAGGUUGCAGACACCCCCAGUAAAAAAUUACUCGACAGAGUGCCCUUGGCUUUGGCCACUUUGGGUAUGAGACCAAUGACCGAAGCUCCUCUACCGUCCAGUAUCAGUUCUUGGUAUUUUGUCAUGUUAGAUGGUAAAAUAAUCGGUCACGUAAUGGCAAGCAUGGCUGAAAGCGUAGUCCAGCAGUUAAGAUUGCUAAAAAUCGAAGGAAAAAAGGUUCCAAGAACCAUGGAAAUAAUUCUGCUCCAACGUAAAGAUUACGAUACCGUGACUCAAUUCCCUGGCCUUUAUUUAUUCACCGGUAACGCCAGAAUGGUCAGGCCAGUGUUGAAUUUGGCAGCAAAUCAGAUUGAAAUGAUUGGUACAUUCGAACAAGUUUAUUUGGAUAUUAGCAUAUGUCCCGAAGAAAUAAUACCAGGAGUUACCACACAUCAAGAGUUAUCAAAGUCAGACUUUUUAAGUUUUGCUGCUUCGUUAAUCCCUAUGCCAGAUUAUAAUCAAAGUCCUAGGAAUAUGUAUCAGUGUCAGAUGGGUAAACAAACUAUGGGAACUGCUGUUCAUAAUUGGCAAUUGAUAUCGGAUACUAAAUUAUAUAGACUUCAGACCCCUGCCAGUCCUUUAUUCAGACCGGUGUUUCACGAUAUACUGCAAAUUGAUGAUUAUGCGAUGGGUACUAAUGCUAUUGUGGCUGUGAUUUCUUAUACGGGUUAUGAUAUGGAAGACGCUAUGAUUAUUAAUAAAGCUUCCUUAGAGCGAGGAUUCGCCCAUGGAUCUAUUUAUAAAUGUGAAACCAUCGAAUUAAAGCCUGGAAUGUAUUUCACCCUCGAUCCAAAUCGUAAAGACUUAGCCGGCCAAGUUGAUAGAGAUGGGUUACCAUUUGUUGGAUCUAGAUUGACUCCAGAUAGUAUUUAUUAUAGUUACUACGAUCCUGCAACGCAAGCAUAUUCCAUCGGUAAAUACACCGGUAAAGAAGAAGUAUUCGUUGACACGGUUCGAUUAUGUGGUGAUUUCGUCAACGAUAAAUCAUCUGUUCAAAAAGCUUGCGUACUGUUCAGAGUACCGAGAAAUCCUAACGUCGGUGAUAAAUUUGCUAGUCGAGCUGGACAAAAGGGUAUUUUUAGUUUAGCCUACAAACCCGAAGAUUUACCAUUCACCGAAAGUGGGCUCGUACCAGAUAUUGUAUUCAAUCCUCACGGUUUCCCUUCCAGAAUGACAAUCGCUAUGAUGAUCGAAUGUAUGGCUGGAAAAGCUGCCUCAAUGUAUGGAACGGUUCACGACGCUUCUCCAUUCCAAUAUGGUGAAAAUGAAUCGGCGAUUAAUUAUUUCGGAGAAUUGCUUCAAGCUGGUGGAUAUAAUUAUUACGGCGAAGAAAUCAUGUAUAGCGGAAUAGACGGUACGGAGAUGCCAGCUUCUAUAUUUUUCGGUGUCGUACAUUAUCAAAGAUUACGUCACAUGGUAUCAGAUAAAUGGCAGGUAAGAAAUACCGGUCCGAUUGAUAUUCUCACACGACAGCCUUUAAAAGGAAGAAAAAAAGGAGGAGGUGGUCGUGUAGGUGAAAUGGAACGAGAUGCACUUAUCUCUCACGGUACACCGUUUCUGAUUCAAGAUCGUUUUACUGAUUGUUCUGAUAAAUCAACGGCUCAUUUAUGUCGUACUUGUAAGACCUUAGUUGGUCCAACUGUGAUUGUUCAAAUGUCUGCCGAUGGUCGUAACGUAAAACGAAACGUCGCCGUUUGCAAAAUAUGUAAAAGUAAAGAUUCUAGGAAUAUUCAAGAGAUCGGAAUUCCUUAUAUAUUUAGAUAUCUAUUAGCUGAAUUAGCAUCGGUGAAUAUUAAACUGAAAUUUAAUUUAGAAGAAGAACUAAACGCUGUUACGAUAUCUGACGAAUAAAGCAUUUUUUUAUAUUGUUUUAA